AUGCUGGAGCGCAGAAGAAGAGAGACUCUGCGAGAGAACGUGGCUGAAGAAGAGGCUGACCAGGAGGUGGAAGUGCUGAAGGGAGGGCAGAUGAAGGCCCUGGAAGAUAAGAGGCCAGAAGAAGACCAAAUGGCGCUGAGGGGAAAGGGAACACCAAGCCAAGGAGGUGAAUUCCUGAAGACGCCCUCACAGCCAACCCUGGAAGAUGAUAUGGGGAGAACUCCACGGCAGGAGGAAACCCCAAAGGAGUGGAAGACUCCGAAGACCCCGGUUGAGACACCCCGGCAAGCAGAACCCCCGACAAGCUCCACAAGAGAAAGGGAAGAGAGAGGAGGAAGAACGGCAUCGGCAGCCCAGACCCCCUUUCACAGACCCUCAGGAGCACCUGAGACCAGCCCCCAAUGGCCUGGGGGACCCAAGACCAGCCCGACCACGCUCCGACCAGCCAACCAGCCAGAACCACAACCGCUGUUCGACGACGAGCAGUUGAAGAGAUAUGAAGAGUUGCGGAGACAGGCACCGAUGCUGAACCCGCCCCAAGUCCAACAGAGGACACUUGAGGAGAUGCGACCUGAAACUCUGAGAGAGGAGGAGUUGAAAAGGUUGAGAAAAAGAGAAGAAGAAUUGGAGAUGGAGAGGACCAUGCUCCUGAGAGAAAGAGAAGAGUUGCAGAGACUGCUGCAACAGAAAGAAAGAGAAAAGAGCCGAGAGAGGCAUGAGGAGGAGUUGCAGAGACUGCAUGAGCAGAGACUGCUGCAACACAAAGGAAGAGAUGAAAGCCGAGAGAGGCAUGAUGAGAGGCGCCAGAACGCCAUAGAAGAUGAAGAUGUCCAGUAUAGGACCCCUGAAGAAGAAAGCCAGACAGCCAAGAAGCUGUUUCAAGACGAGCUUGAGGAGGCUGACAGACCCCCAAAGCCCGAGGCUGAAAGACCCCCAACGGCCAGAGAGGCCACAAGACCCCUGAAGACAGAAGCUGCAGGUUCCUCAAGGCAAGAGGAGACCCCAGGAACGUUGCAGCUGAUGGCAAUGAUGAUGCAUACAAUGACAGAGAUGCAGAAGAAGAUGCUUUCCAAGGAUGGAGGAAAAGAAGGAGAGGGGGGAGAAGCAGAGUACGUCAGAAGCCACCCUGAAGUGCCAAGACUGACGGACUGGAACCCCUCGACAGGUCCGAUAGACCUGAACGAUUGGUUGGCGUUGAUUGAGCCAAUCAUGGCAGACCUCACAGCCACCUCACACGACUGGUGGGAUAGGCUGCUGAAAGAAGCAAGACAGUGGUACCAAGACCACAUGGCUUUGAGUCCAAUGGACAGGCUGACACACGAGCCACAGCCUUCCAAAGACUUGGACCAGCCCAAGUGGAUCCGCCUAGAAAGAAGGGCGUCCACACUGCUCAUGAUGAGCAUCCCUGAAGCCCAGAAGGAGGAGCUGGUGUCGACGAAGAGGAUCACAGCUCUGAAGAUCAUCUGCCACCUCUUCACGACCUUUCAGCCUGGAGGAUUGGCUGAGAAGGAGGUCAUCCUCAGGUCGUUGGAGAUGCCACAAGAAGCAGCAACAGUGGCAGAGGCAGUGAGUUCACUGAGGAAGUGGAUGAGAUGGAGGAGACGAGCAAUGGAGCUUCAGGUGAGCGAGCCUGAUCCCUUCCUCUUGCUCAAAGGCUUGGGACGCAUCGUCCGCCGACCUUUGGAAGCCAACAGAGAGCUGAAUUUCAGGAUCAGCUUGGCCAGGUCGAUGCUCCAGGUCGACUCGACCCCCACGAAAGACACAGUGGGAAAGUUCUCGACCCACCUCUUGGCUGAGAUGGAACAGAUAGCACACCUUGAAGGCAGCACGAAGAGCACCAGCAAGGACACGCAGAAGCAAGCACAGCCAGAGGUGAAGGUGGUGAAGAAAGAGGAAGCCACCAAGAAAGAAGAGGUAGCCAAGGAAGGCUCCAAUGAAGGAGACAGCAGUGAAGCCAUGAAGGGACUGCUGGAAGAGGCCAACAAGAUGUUGAAGGCCUUGCAACAAGGAAAGAAUGAAGAAGACGAAGGGAAGGAGGUCAGGCUGCAAAAGUUGCAGAAGCAGCUUGAUGAACUCAAGACCCUGAAGGUCUUCAGGAUCUCCAAGAUCCACACAGAAGAAGGAGACUAUGGUCUUUUAGACUCUGGCGCGACGCACGCCUUGAGAGGAAGACAGCCAGGAGAAUCACUCAAGGACUUGACAGAGGUCCGAGUGACGUUGGCCUGUGGUAGAGACGCCACACUGAAGAUGACAAGAGGAGGAACAAUGCUUGGCCAACAUGAGGAGACAGAGCCAAUCGUUCCACUUGGAAAGAUGGUCAGCCAGCUCGGCUGUACGGUGGAAUGGGAUGAGGGAAGCCUUGUCGUGUUUCACCCAGAGAGGGGAAGACUGGCCACAACACAAAGAGGAGGAUGCCCUCACAUCCCAAGACCACUGGCCUUAGACAUCAUCCAGGAGCUUGAGGAGAAGUCUGGAUGGAUGAAGAAGAUGAAGACCAAAGAAGAAGACGAAGAAGAUGUCUUGAAGAAGAUGGUGGCCGUUCAUCCGGUCUUCAGAGACCUGCCAGAGGAGGUAAAGAAGGAACUGGUGGUGAUGCCAUCAAAGGAUUUGACAGCCCUUCCAGGGAUGAACCGUAGACAAAGACGGAAGAUCCAAAGGGAAGGAGCCACUCUGCACCUGUUCGCGGGGGAGGACGACGGAUUCACCCUGGGCCAGGCAGUGAAGAGUGCAGGCGGCGAUGUCCAGACUCUGAUAGAGCUGGAUCAGAAGAGAGGACCUGGGCAUGACCUGAUGAGCUCAGAUCCGUAUGCCACACUGUUGAGGUUGGCAUUUGACAACAGGACGCUGCUGUUGUACAUCCUGGCAGUCCACGUCGAGAAGACAAAGGAUGAAGAAGAAAAAGAAGAAGGCACCAAGAGAGACGCCAAGACAGAAGAACAGAAGACAGGAGGAGAGGGAUGGAAGAGGAUCAUCCUGGCUCUCGAGCAGCCGAGUGCUCCUGAGUACCUCCCAAAGACGGUCUCCUUCUGGUGGACGGACCAGUGGAGAAAGAUGAAAGAGAUGUACGAUCUGCAAGAGAUCAAGUUUAACCAGGGAGACUGGAAAGGAGAAGAAGGCGGCAAAGGCUGCAUAAAGCCCACAACGAUCGGCGGGAACGUCGAGAUCAAGGUUCCAGAAGAGAGGAACCCAGAAGCCAAAGGAAGAUCCCAAGACAGGGUCCAAGACUCAAAGAGCCUGAGCCGAUGGGUGCCGGGUUUGAUGAAAGAGCUGGCGAAGGAAGUGGUCAAGAAGUGCCCACUAGUGAAGGGUGAGGACCUGAUGGGAAACAAGAUGAGAUUCCUUCUGGUGGGUGCAUACACAUGGCUUGCACCAAAGGAUUCACCUCUAGAAGACAAAAGGAAUGAGAGAGUUCCAGAAGAGGAGGUGGAUGCGAUCGAAGGGCUGAGGAUCGAUGACAGUGAAGGAGAGGCUGAUGAUGAAGCAGAACACACAGAGGAGGAUCCCCAACAAGACCCCCCUGGCAACCCUGAGGAGCCCCAAGGUGGUGAGAGAGCCAUCAACCCCCAGGAGCCACAAGAAGCAGCCAAGGAGGAGGUGGAUCAGCCAGAGGACUUUGAAAUCAAGAUUUUCAGAUUGGUGACUCCCUUGCCCUUGAAGGCGGGGGGAGUAGUCCUCCAAGCAGUCAUCGACAUGAUCCUCAAGCUCAGAUCAGAUGGAUUUGAUGUUUCCCAAGUCCACUCCGACAACGGAGGUGAGUUCACCUCAGAUGCCAUGAGAAGAUGGAUGAAGGCAAGAGGAUACAUCCGAACAUUCACGGGUGUCAGCAACCCACAAUCAAACGGCAGAGCAGAGAAUGCAGAGAAUGCCGUACAACAAGUGAAGACACACAUAAGAAGAUUGCUGCAUCAAGCAGGGUGGUCCGAAGACCAAUGGCCACUUGCAGCGCGCCACUGCGACGAACAGUUGCGCAUGUGGAGGUGUGGACUGAAGCAAAAAUUUCCACCACUGGGAGCUGAAGUCCUGGUCAAGAAGAGGAGGUGGAAUGCGCAACAGUUCCUGCCAACAAUGGACCGAGUGACAUACAUCGCUCCAUGUUGGGAAGGUCACGGUCACUGGGUGAAGCAAGAAGACGGGACGACCAUCGUAGCCCGGUUCUGCAUAGCUGAUGUGUGGAACCCCGUGACAGACCACUCGUGGCUGGCAGUCAUGACAGAGAUGCCAGAUCCACUUGAAGAAAGAAGAAGAUUGAGGAGAAAGACGCCACCAGAGUUGGCGAAGAUGGAGGUUCAAGAAGACGAACCAGGGGAAGAGGGGAGAGACCCUGAACCCAGAAGAAGAUCAAGACUUCUGCAGCUGAUCAUGGAGGAGAUGACAGCUCUGAUGGAAGACCCCUCAGAAGAGGCCCUGAAGACGACGAUGCAAUCUGUGGCCAAACUCCGAAUGAUGAUGGAGACGGGCACGAGUGAAGACGUUCUUCAGACGAGGAUCGUGGGCCUGGGGGAGGUGAUGAAAGACCUUGAAGGAUGGAAGAAGCCCAUCGAAGAAGAACUGAAGUCUUUGGUGGAAGACAAGAUGGCCCUUGAAGCCAUUUCCAAAGAGGAGGUGGAGAAGAUGUUCAGGGAGGCACACGCCGAAGGAAGAAAGCUGGAGGUGGUGCCAGGAAAGCUGGUGACGGUGGUGAAGCCCGCACCAGAAGGAGGAAAGAAGAAAGCCAGAAUAGUGGCGUGUGGAAACUUCACGGCGAAAGAUGCCCAGGACGAACUGUACGCGUCCACUGGUGAUGCAGUGACUCUGAGGAUCAUGAUGAAGUUAGCAUCAGAAAACCAGUGGGACGGAGUCACGUUAGACAUCCGUACAGCGUUCCUCAACACACCAUGGGAAGACAUGGAUGUGUUGGUGAAGCCACCCCACUUGCUGAUCAGGAUGAAGCUGGUCGAAGAAGGCACGCUGUGGCGGCCGACGAAGGCCUUGUAUGGCUUCAGAAAGAGCCCAAGGUUGUGGGGAAACCACAGGGAUUCCACGAUGAGGAAGAUGGAAGUCCCACAUGAAGGGAAGCGACACAGAUUGACACAGCUGGUGUCGGAACCCAACCUCUGGAGGAUAGAUGAGGUGAAAGAUGAAGAUGAAGAAGAGGAGAAGCCGAAAGGGCCUCCAAAAGCCCUGAUGAUGGUCUACGUGGACGACUUGUUCGCCACAGGUCCAACACAGCUACUGAAGGCGCUGACUGAGACCAUCAAGAAGGAAUGGAACACCUCAACUCCAGAGUGGAUCAACGAAGAUCCCACAAGAUUCCUCGGCAUGGGAAUCUCCAAGACCAAAGGAGAGGAUGGUCUUGAAGUCUGGGCAGCAUCCCAGCAGGACUAUGUCAAGGAGUUGCUGAGGAGGAACGUGGGGGAGGAUGAGAAGAAAUGGCCCAAGAGAAAGGUGCCAAUCUCCAAGGAUCCACCGGCUGAACACCAAGAAGAGCCAAAGGUGGAAGGAGUCAGGAAGGCCCAGAAGAUAGUGGGCGAAGCACUCUGGUUAGUCACGAGGACCAGACCAGACAUGAUGUAUGCCUUGGCGAAGAUGGCCAGCCAAGUGCUGCAUCAACCCCAGUGGGUCGCAGAGAGCGCAUCCCAACUGUGGGGAUACAUGGCUGCCACGAUCCAUGAAGGGAUCACCUUUGAGAAAGGUCCAUCAUGGGAAGGAUGGGAAGAGCAGUCAGGGCUUGCUGUUUAUGCUGACGCAAGCUUCGCACCCUCAGGUGAAGAAAGUCACGGUUCAGUGAUUGUGACUCUGAGGGGAGCCCCGCUGCUAUGGAAGAGCUCAAGGCAGUCGACGGUCAGCCUUAGCACAGCGGAGGCAGAGCUGAACGAGCUCAUAGAAGGAUUGAUGAUGGGGGAAAGUGUUGCAGCGAUUUUGGAGGAGCUGGAACCCCACAUCAUGAAGAUGAUGGCAUCAGACUCGCAGGCAGCGGUGAACAUCUGUCUGGCAGAUGGAGGAAGCUGGAGGACCAGACAUCUGCGCUUGAGAGCAGCGCAUGCCAAACAGAGAUUCACCAAAGGAGACUGGCUGCUGCGACACGUGCCAGGCGAAGACAUGCUGGCAGACAUGGGGACGAAGAGCCUGACGUCAGCCAGGCUGGAAAAGCUCAAGAAGGGGCUUGGCAUGAAGAAGAUUGGAAAAGAUGAAGAAAAGAAUGAGGAGCCAGAAGAGAAGACGGCACCAGAAGAGGCAAAGAAGAUCAAGAAGAAGGAACAGGGGACCAGAGUCCCAAAAGAAGUAGAGAAGGCACUCCAGUGCGUGGCGUUGAUGAUCGCCAUUCAGGGAGCCAAAGCUCAAGAUGAUGAGGAGACCGAAGAAAGGGCAGAGAUGUUCCACAUUGAGCUGAUUCUGAUGUUUGCUCUUGUGGGAGUGGUCUCAGUGAUCCAGAGGAUCAUCCCUUGUCUGAUGGGCUGGCUUCGGAGAGACCGACAGCCUGAGGAAGAGCCCACAGAAGAAGAAGGAAGCAGGGUGAGAGGAGCACCCACAAGACGCCAAGAAGAACAGGCGUUGAGGACCCCAGAGAGCAUCAGGAGGAGAAGGAGAGUGGAAGCCAGGGAUGAUGAAGACACAGAGGAGGAGACAGACCCAGGCGUUCCAUUCCCUCACGGAGAUCGUGAUGGGAACCUCUUCCUGAGGAAUCCACCGGGCCCAAAAGCACCGCCAAGACAGCUGGCACACAUGUAUCCCAUGCCAAAGGGACAGCAAAAGGGCCAGCAAGCAGGCCAAGCAGGCACACAAGCAGGCCAAUUGGGCCUACAAGCAGGCCGACCGGGCCAACAGGCAGGCCAACAGAAAGGCCGACCACAACAGGCAGCUAGCAGCAGCACAACACCGGUGCACAUGCUUGUGCCACCACCACCACCACAAGAGCCAGGCGCAGAGCCACCACGGCUGGUGGAAGAGUUCUUCCAAGGACUCGUACAAGAAGAACACGAGCACCCAGAUGAUUGGGACCCGGAGAUCCAUGGGCAGAUUUACCCAGGGAAAGGAAGUUCACCACAGGCAUACUUCCAAAGGAUGGCCGAGAAGGGUCAAGCCAAAGGGAGUGAAGAAGGAACGCCGAUGAAGGGCGCCAAAAAAGGAAAGAAAGGUGAUGAUGAGAUCGCGCAGGCCAAAGGCGCGAAAGGAGAAGGAAGCCCACAGAAAGGGGCACCCAAGGGCCAAGGAAAGAAAGGCCGGGCAGAAGAUGAAGAAGUCCCAGAGAAGGGAGCACAAAAAGGAGGAGGAAAGAUGGCCGAGAACGGCGAAGGAGAUGACGAAGCAGCACCUCCAAGAGUGCCAAGUGACGAACAUGGCGUGGCACUGCCGGUGUACAUCACGCCAUGGGGCACAAGAUUCCAUACAGGGGUCACCUGCCCGACUUUGGCGAACUCUGGAUGGAUGGUGAGGUCGCCGUGGUGCCCUCUGUGCUGUGUCGGCCUCCAGCCGAGCUCCGCUACCAUCCUCUACUCAGAGGGACCGGGAAGAACGGUGCAUAUAGCCGACGAGAAUGCGCUGGGCCGAUGCAAGGCUACCCCACGUGCCAACGAUGCGACGGGUACCAGAGGUACUGAGAGUGGCUUGAGCUGA